ACGUGUGGGAGGAGUCAGAUAAGGGGCAGAGAGAGGGGCGGUGGCAGGCCCAGUCCCCUCUCUGUGCCUGUAGGGUAUGUUCCUCUGUUCCAUCUCAUAUAUAAGAGAAAGCAAAGCGUGACAUAGCUAAAGAGAAUUUGCAGAGCCUUCAGAUUUAGCUACCUCUAUUAUUAUUAUUAUUACUCAUUACUCAUUUCUCGUACCAAACACAACACAACACAUCACACUCUUCUCUCUUCUCUUCUUUCUUAUCCCAUUACAAUGCCCGGUAGUUUAGAACCGUUGGAUUUGGGUGUUCACAUACCCUACCACUUCAGAUGCCCAAUCUCGCUCGAACUCAUGCGAGACCCAGUAACCGUCUGCACCGGUCAAACCUACGACCGCGCCAGCAUCGAGGCAUGGGUCAGCACCGGCAACAGCACGUGUCCGGUCACACGCGCCACUCUCACAGACUUCACCCUAAUCCCGAACCACACCCUUCGCCGCCUUAUCCAAGAGUGGUGCGUCGCUAACCGCGCUUUUGGCGUCGAGCGAAUCCCCACUCCCAAACAGCCCGCAGACCCUGCCUUAGUUCGCUCUCUCCUCAACCAAGCUUCUUCCGGUUCUGCCCCUGCUCACCUCCGCCUUUCUUCCAUUCGCCGACUCAGACAACUCGCUCGCGACUCGGACAAGAAUCGUUCCCUCAUUGCCUCUCACAACGUUCGCCAGAUCCUUCUCCCUAUCGUUUUCAACAACGGUUCGGAUGAGUUGAAAAACGAAUCGCUCGCGCUACUCGUUAUGUUUCCGCUUGGUGAGUCGGAAUGUGCUUCGCUCGCAUCUGAUUCUGUGAAGAUUGGCUAUCUAUCGCGGAUGUUGACGCAUAACUCGUUCGACGUCCGAGUCAACUCGGCCGCGUUGAUCGAGAUCGUCGUCGCCGGGACGCACUCGCCGGAGCUACGCGCGGAGGUGAGCAGUGUCGACGAAAUCUACGACGGAGUGGUGGAUCUGCUCCGGAGCCCGAUCUCGCACCCGCGCGCGCUCAAGAUCGGGAUCAAGGCCUUGUUCGCGCUUUGUUUGGUGAAGAAUACGCGGCAGAAGGCGGUGGACGCCGGCACGCCGGCGGUUCUAGUCGACCGGCUCGCGGACUUCGAGAAGUGCGACGCGGAGAGGGCGCUGGCCACGGUGGAGCUGCUCUGCCGGAUUCCGGCGGGAUGCGAGGCGUUCGCCGGACACGCGCUGACGGUGCCGAUGCUGGUGAAGAUAAUUCUGAAAAUCUCCGACCGUGCGACGGAGUACGCCGCCGGAGCGCUGCUCUCGCUGUGUUCGGAAUCGGAGCGGUGCCAGCGCGAGGCGGUGGCGGCGGGCGUGCUGACUCAGCUUCUGCUUCUCGUGCAGAGCGAUUGCACGGAGAGAGCGAAGAGGAAGGCGCAGAUGCUGCUGAAGCUUCUUCGGGAUUCGUGGCCGCAAGAUUCCAUCGGAAAUAAUUCUGACGAUUUUGCAUGCAGCCAGGUCGUUGUGGUUCCCUUUUGACCGUUUUUUAAUUUUUCUCCUCCAGUAAUAAUUAUAGUGGAAAAAAAUGUUUAGAUUUCGAGAAAAAGAAAGCUUAAUUAGAGAGUCUUUUUUGUUUGUUUAGAUUGGUAAAUAAAUAGGUCUGUAAUGUAAUUCUGUAUUUAAUUAUUUUUCUUUCUUCUCUUUGUUUUUGUAUGUAACGAUUAUUGUGAAGAACGAAAGCAAGCAAAAAUGUUUCAUCAGGGAGUUGUAAUUUUUGUAAGAUGGAAAAGAAAAAUCAAAAUAGAGACCCUUAAUUGGAGGAUGAUAUCAUUGAUGCUUGACAAUGAGGCUGUUUCUGUUCAUUCGCGUGCAUGAUAUGUUUGUUUUCAGCAGUCCUACAGUACAGUUGAAGAAUGCUUUCUGCAGACAACAAUUCAAACACACAGCAAUAAGGGUCUUCGUGUUAUGGUGACCAAUGACGACUACUACUUCUGUGUACUGUGCACAUAUAUGUGCAUGCCAUAUUGCCACUUUGCCAUGCAUAUUGGCUUCUUUUUUGCAUUCAAACAUCACUUUCAAACACUAUGGGAAUUACAAUUAAAGUGAAUAACCAACCAACCAACCACACGUGUUCUUCUCUUCUCUUCAGUGCUUUGGUUCUCAAGUUUUCUCAUUGACAAAAAAAGUUCGGUGAUUCCAGAAUAGUGCAGUUCCUGUUUUAGAGUUCAGAGACAAAAAAGGGUGGAGUACUGCUGUUGUCAAGGACUAUGAGUGAUUAGAAGGCUCCAUUGUCCUUGAUGGUGACCAUUGUUCUGGAUAACAUACUUACUUGCAAUUUCUUUCUGUUUGAAUGUUUAUUUAUUAAAUGACCAACUAGCAAGAGGAAA